UGUAGAAUCAUGAGUCGGUUUCAUCAAUAGGAGAAUCCAGAACAGGAAGGUGUCUUUGCCCCAUAGACGUGCCCAUGUACACGUUUCUAAACGAUUGGCUGGCUAUGCAUCUGCUCAUAUUCGGCGCAGUUAUAUCAACCCACCUCUUACUCUUUUUUUUUUCUUUUCGAUCUUCCCCAAGCUGCUUGGCAAGCUUCCUCUCAGCUUUUGUCCUAUUUCAAGAUAUCUUCCCAUCAUGCUACUGUCAAGCGCCUUCACACUAUCCCUUCUCUCAACCAUCCCCUUGACCCUCUCCCAUCCAGACUCCCACCAUGCCCCCGCCCGACAGAUAACCUACUCUGUCGUGCCUUCUAUAUUCCUUCAAUCCGAUCCUUCGACCGAUGCCUCGACCCUCAACUUCACCGCCACCAACUUUGGCCUGAUCCCCCGCACCUAUCCGGACGCUCCUCCUGGGAACCCCAAACUCACACAAUGGCAACGCCUAUCCCACUACAUCUCUACCCUGAACCGUAAAGCACGUGCCCGAGGUGACAGAGAUAGAAAACAGCACUACACCCUCCUCUUCCUGGCCCGCCACGGUGAAGGCUACCACAACGCCGCAGAGUCGUACUUUGGCACUCCAGCGUGGAACUGCUACUACUCGGAGCUUGAAGGCAAUGACACCGUCACUUGGGCGGACCCGCGGCUAACUGAAAAGGGCAUCAAGCAGGCGCUCACAGUGAAGGGAUUCUGGCAGCAUUUGAUCCAGGACGAGAAGAUCGCCGUGCCGCAGAGAUACUACACUUCUCCACUCUGGCGCUGUUUGCAAACCGCCGACUUGACUUUCUCCGGCAUUGACCUACCCCGCAAGUACCCCUUCAAGCCAGUCGUCAAGGAAGGCUUCAGGGAGGGCGUAUCCGCACAUACAUGCGAUAGGCGGAGUACCCGCAGCGCCAUCCACAAGCAGUUCCCCAACUACCAGUUCGAGCAUGGCUUCCCCGAAGUGGAUCCCUUGUGGCGUCCGCUGCAAGCAGAGACACGCGAGGCGCAGGAUGCGAGGAGCAAGAAGGUUUUGGACGAGGUUCUGGGCGAUGUUGAUGCAGGCGUCGAGUAUAUCUCCAUCACGAGCCACUCUGGGGAGAUUGCGAGUUUACUCAGAGUCCUCAAUCAUCGCGAGUUCCGCCUUGCUACGGGAGCUGCCAUUCCUGUUCUUGUCAACAUCACGGUUGGGCCAGGACGGCGGGAAUCGCCAAGCUCAACACUAGUACCACCAUUUGAGCCGGUAGCCACUUGUGCGAAACCGCCCACAACGAGAGACUCUUCAUGCAAUGACUGCUCGUGCUGUAAGUAAUUGGAGAACGGGUGCCUCGGGAGAGAGAGAACCAUGGGUUCGCCGGACAUGCUCGUGACGAUGUACUUUGAAAGGAUCUAUUUGUACCAUAUCAGUCAGUGUCAGGGGAAACCCGUUCCGACAUGAACAGAACAUGAUGAAAUGGAAGAGAAAACGUGCCCGAUUGAACAGGAUAGGAUUACAC